GCUCAUCUUCUUUUUGCAAAAACCUGCUGUCUUUAUUUUUCCAGAACAUCAUCAUCAGCGCAGCCAAAUUCUACGUAAAGUUAGAUUAGCCGAACAAGUGAGCUUAAUCUGGUUCGCUUUCUUACAGUGUGAGUGCACAAAUCGGUCGAAAAAUACCGUAAUAAUCACCCAAACUGUACAAAGAGUGGGUGGGCCAACGUCAGCGCAGCAAAUCGGAACAUGAUAAGCCCCGAUAAUGUGGAACUCUCGCUGCGUCAAAUGUCGCUCGGAGCGGACACCGGAAGCAACGGUAGCGGCAGCGGCUCGGACAGCGAGGACAGCAAAAUCCUCAAGUGGAACCUGCCGCUGAAGGAACUGUAUCGCAUGGCUUGCAGCUUCUACAAAGAAAAGUCGGGCAAAGCGGUUCACUUAAGCUAUGAGGAUAAUCUAAAGUUGAUUGCGUUCACGCAGCAGGCGGCUCAUGGCCCACUAGAUCCUGCGAAGGCACCGCCGGUGGGUAUGUUCGAUGUGAUUGGAAAAGAUCGGAGGAUUGCUUGGCAACAUUUGGGCACAAUCACGAAGCUGCAAGCGAUGGAAGGGUUUAUCGAUUUGCUGGAUCGACUGUGUCCGUUGUUUCGGCCGACCGUCGAAGCUAUCAAGAAAGAUCGGGAGGAAAAAUUGCGCCAAGCUCAAGCGGAGGAAGCACACCGCCGGGAGCAGCUCGAACAGGAGAAAGAAAAGCUGGUCGAGCUGAAGCGAAUUGAAGACGAACGGAAUCGUGAGGAAAUGCAACGGCGUCAGCUGCAGGACGCGCUGAACCAGCAAACGUAUCAUCAGUUUAAGGAUUACGCGGAAAAGCAAUUCCCGGGCAAUCCGGAGCAGCAGGCAGUUCUGAUUAGGCAGUUGCAGAACGAGCAUUAUCACCAGUAUAUGCAACAGUUGCAGGCUCAAGUGGCAAGCAACUAUUCCCAGCUGAAAGCCAACGGGGAUGUUGAGACGGGCUUGGAUGGCAACGGGAUUGGUCAGCUGGAUCAGACAGUCAGUGCUAAGGAGGGAAGCCAGCUGGAAUACAAGGAGCAGUGCGAUAGUGAUGAAGAAUCCGGAGAAUAUGCCGUCAUAAAUCCGGCUAACAUGUGGACAAAACCGGAUAUAAAACUUUUCAAGCAGGAAGUAACCUCCGGCAAAGGUGACGGGGUGAUUCGUGUUGGCCACGGAGACACUGUAACGGUUCGAGUACCAACGCAUGAGGGUGGUUCCUGUUUAUUUUGGGAAUUUGCCACCGACAACUACGACAUCGGUUUCGGUGUUUACUUUGAGUGGGGCAAGCCAGCGACUACCGAAGUGUCGGUGCACAUCAGCGAAAGUGACGAGGACGACGACACACUGGAAGACGACGACGUGGUCUGCGCGGACGAUUUAGAAUGCGGUGGCCAGGGACAGCACAAACAGUACAGCAACGGUAGUGGUGGUGCCAGUGGCACUCUAGCCAACACCAAUCCCAUUUCCAUUAUCGUGCCCAUCUAUCGGCGCGAAUGCCAAACAGAGGUGUACGCCGGUUCGCACAGUUACCCCGGGGAGGGAACCUAUCUGCUCAAAUUUGACAACAGCUACAGCUUGUGGCGCUCCAAAACGUUGUACUAUAAGGUUUUCUAUACCCGAUAAUCGAAUCGUUUCAUUGCGCCGGAUGCGGCUCGGCCGCAAAAGCACGAUCCUUUGGCUCAGCCAAAGCCAAACUGAUUGGUUCCCGUCGCUGAAGGAGGGAAUACUUUUUCAAAUUCCUCACUCCAUUUCAUACGUUAGGUUCAACACAAGACACUUUAUUUUUGUAUAUCGCGGAAAGUACCUUGAAAAGUUUUGCACACUUAUGACAUAGCUAAAAAUCAAAUACUAAAACACAGAAGCGUAGGCAAAUUAUAUUGUAUCUAAGCUGUUGUUCGUUAGUUCAAUGGAUUUUAAUUACGAUUCAUGUCUCUAUACUGAAGUAGAUAUAGAAUACAAUUUGAUUGCAACAAGUGAGAUAAACAUGGAUGUGGAAAAUGAAACAAUAGUUUUCAAAGUGAAAUAUGAUAUAACUGAAUGGGACAAAAUAACUAAACCUAUAGUGCAAUAGACGGAAUAAUAUGAUAUUUCAUCGUCAUUGGAAGCUGAUUGCCGGUGACCGUUUUCUAAACCAUUUGGAAUGAAUGUUCUAUAUCUACGUAAAUUUGCUGUGAAUGAACAAACGACACAUAAACAUGCAUGGUGGUUAAUAAAUGAAAAUCAACAAAAACGUUUU